AUGAUUAUUAUCACAGCGGAUGGGGGCGAUAUUUCCGAGAAUGGCGGGGGCGGUGCUGAUCCGACGGAGAGUAGCGGGUACAGCGGUAGCGACACCACGUCGCCGCGCUCGCCGCGCAGCCCCGAGUCGCCGUGCAGCUCGUGCUCGGAAGGCGCUGGCGCGCGCAUGCCGCCGUGGGCGCAGGAACCGGCGCCGACCUCGCGCCGCCGCCUCGCACCGCCCCCCGCGCCCGUGCCCCCGCCGCACACCGAAUACUUCAACCACAAGAUGAAGCCGCAGAACGGCCUCAAAGCGCGGUGCACCCGCUGUCAAUGA